UCGAAAUAAGCAACAUGGCGAAUAUCUAACUACAUAACCUAGUAAAAUAAAUUUUGUCUGUAAAUUCUAAAUCAUUUAAGAUUGUGAAAAAAUAAUUAUUUAAUAAAUAAUCAGUUAAAAUGCCAGUAGUACCAGGUGGAGUUUAUCAACAAGGACCAUCAUGUUGGGAUAGAAUGAAAAUGGGAUUUGGCCUUGGAUUUUGUGUCGGUUUAGCAUCAGGUGCAUUGUUUGGAGGUUUCUCAGCAUUGAGGUACGGAUUGAGAGGAAGAGAACUAGUGAAUAGUGUCGGUAAAACAAUGGUACAAGGUGGUGGUACUUUUGGUACAUUUAUGGCCAUUGGAACUGGUAUUAGAUGUUAAAUUUAUUUAUUAAAAUAUAUUUUUUCUUUCUAUAAAGAAUUAUCUUUGCAUUUUUUUUUCUUAACCAGUUCAAUUAUUGAAAAUAAUAUUAAUAAUAAUGAAAUUGAAAUAAUAAAAAAUUGUUUCUAGAUAUUAGAAUAAUUCUGUUUGAUUCUUGAAUAAGAAUUAACAAAAUGUAUAGUUAAAAAUAAAAAUAAUAAUUAACUAA